AUGCUUAACGGAUACACAAUUAACGACCGUCCAAUUCGAAUAAAAAUUGAUCGUGACGGUAAAAUAGCCCCAUCCAACAUGCCAAUCUUCCCACCUCCACCGAAGGGGGCUGCAAUAGCAUCCGGGUUUAUGACGUACUUUAGCAAAAUGAACCUUGGUAAUAAUUCUGGACCCCCACCAGGCACUAGUCAGCCUCCUAUGCAACCACAGCAACAAUCGCCUUAUGGUGCCCCUCCGAGUUCGAAUUUCAUGUCCCCACCUCAACAAUCACAGCAGGGACAGAUGGGCGGGGGACCGAAUCAAGGAAUCGCUGCUGCUAUGGCAGCACUAAUGGGGGGAACAAAUAGUGGUGGAAUGCCUGUUCCACCUAAUCAACGGGAUAUCAUGGGAAGCCUCCUCGGUGCUGCUUCUGCUGGUGGAUUCCAUCAGAACCAAAAUAUGGGUUAUGGUGGUGAUCGUCCCAGAGAUCAAAAUUCGACAAUCCAACAACUUAUGAUGGCUGCUGCUGCUGGCGGUAUGCCACAGGAACAAAUUGCCCAGGCCAUCUCUUCUCUGGGUCUCAAUAGGGACUUGUCUGGAAUGAAUGCUUAUUCUGGAGGACCAAUGGUUGGAUUGCCGAACCCACCUAUCGGCGGUGGCGGUAGUGGUGAUCCAUACGGCGAUCGUGGAGUUGGAAUGACUCAAUCUCGUUCACCAGGCUCUGGUGGUUUCGACUCAAGACAGCGUUUCCGCGAACCCAGCAACUCGCGUGGUGGCACUGGUAUGCCAGGCAGUGGACAGAGGAGUUUUCGCCAAGGAGGUGGAAACAAUGAUUCCAUGCGUACACCUGGGUCUCGUGGAAUGACUCGUGGUUCCGAUAUGGACCGUAUGUACAUGCGACGUGUAAGUCCUCUAGUUCCUUGA